AUGGUCAAGGAGGCCCAUAUACCGCCACAGUCAGGCGGACCAGCCUCCAGAUGGCUCACAUUUUUGGGCGAGCUGUGUACUUUGUACGGGGGCUGGGAGAAUGUGAAAACACUACUCAAGAGCCAUGAGCCUUGUGUGGAAACGAAUAGGAGGUACAAAGAAAUGAUUGUGCAUCUCAUCAAACAGCUCGAAGAUAUUCGAGGUCUGGCUCAACGUGGACAGAUUUUGGACGCCAAAGUCAAAGGUCUGAAUGCAUAUUCGCAGGAAGGGUUUGGAGGUGUAGAAACCGUUCACGGGGUUGAUCACGGUCAAGUGAAUGAUCGUUUCCACGCUGGCGACAUGGCGCCACAGACUCGACAGCCUCGGCCGAGUGCGACGCAGCGCUCGACUCUCCAUCAGGGACUGCCGGUCACAACCCAGAGACAGUCUCCUCCGCAGCCCAUCUCGGACCUGGGCGUGUCGUGGCCAAUGAACCAACAUCCAUAUCCAAGCUCGGGAAAUCCUCCAUCGAACCACGUCCAGCCCCCGUCUCAUCUCGCGCCGGGCCUCCCUCAAGGCCCGGUGGGCACAAUGCAGCAGCAAAAUGGAUUCACCGUUGAUCCGGGGCAGUUUGGCGCCUCGACUGCCAACGGCAACGGGCUCUCUGUGCACCCCUCUCAGAUUCCGACGACUCAGCAGGGUAUGGCUAACUGGGAGUUUGCUACACAAAACCCAGUUUCCGCCGCAUCUACAAAUGGCCAUACCCAGCAUCCCGAUAUAUACGACCUUGACCGCUUUUUUACUAGCCUGGGGGAGAAUAUUUAA